UUAGUUGUCGUGGGUACCGGUGGGUGGCCAGAGCAAGAAAAAGAGUCAGAAAAAAAAGGAAAAACAUACAAAUACAUCGAACAUUGUGCGUAAAAGUUAAGAAUAUGACGAAAUGUUGGACAGGAAUUCUGCUGGUGAUGCUCGCCAUCCUUAUGCAGAGUGGAAGAGCUACUAAACUUGCCAAUUCUCCUGGUGUCUCAAGCAUUGAAUUGGACAGUCGCUCUGAAUCUGCGGAGCAAUUCGAAGAUGGAGCCACUUCUUCAACCUCUAGUUCUGUUUCACCAUCUGAGAGUUCGGACAGUAGCUCUAGUUCUGUUACACCAUCUGCGACUUCGGACAGUAGCUCUAGUUCUGUUACACCAUCUGCGAGUCCGGACAGUAGCUCUAGUUCUGUUACACCAUCUGCGAGUUCGGACAGUAGCUCUAGUUCUGUUACACCAACUGAGCCAAAUACUUCCAGUGACUCUACAAACCCAGUUAGCUCCACAACAGAUACCACAGACAAACCAACACUAACAGGAAAAGAACUGUUUAUACGUACUGAAGAAGUCCUUGGCGACAUUGACCAAUCUCUGAACAUAUUACAAGAGCUUUUCCUAGAAUUGAGAGAAAAGCUGCAUUCUGGCCCGCUGCACCACAUCAGGUCAAAGGUCAACCGGUCAUUUAGCCGGAAGGACGUCGAGACGAAAACGGAUAUAUGCAUUACAGACAGUGGGACUUGCAAUACCAUUGAAGAGUUGUUGUUAAGGAUAAGUAAACAAACCAAUGACUUAACAGCUAAUCCUGAGGCUUGGGGUGACAGCCAGUUAAGCCAGCUGGAAAUUCAGAGCAACGACCUUACUGAAGCAGUGAAGAACCCAAAUAAGGAUCAUUUCAAAGAGGAAGAAACAAAGACAAGAAUAAAUGAAGUGAAAGGGGAAGUCAGCGAAGGGCGUCGAGUGGCCAGCGAACAGGUCAAGAGUUUCGAAGCAGCGGAGCGAGACAGUGUCAUCUUUACGUCGGUGCUGGGGACUGUGGGCGGCCUCAUGGUAGUGGGUCUGUUGGGCGCCGUGAUCUUCGCCGUCUCCAAAGGCAAGAAGGUUUCCAAGAAGCCGGGAAAGAAGGGCUAUAAUCAGGUUCCCGAAGAAAGAAUCCCAGUCGGCGACUUCAUUCGCGCCCACGACAACCCUCCGCCCACGAGGAGUUCCCCCGAGGCUAGAAAGGACCCUGACGCCCGCGACGAAUAUGCCACGCCCUACGCACCAGCUGCCCCUGUGAAUCGCGACCCUUACGCCCGUGGGAGGUCACCCGGGGAGGCUCGCUCGCAUUACUCCCAGGGCAGGUCCGGUGGGCUGCCCAGGCGCUACUAGGGAAGGGUAUAGAUGAGUAGUUUUAUGAAGAGGGACUUGUAUAGGCCUUGGUACUAGGUGGGCGUUGGGGGUAUCGCAUUCGUGUUCUCUCUGUCUCUCUGUCUCUCUGUCUCUCUGUCUCUCUGUCUCUCUGUCUCUCUGUCUCUCUGUCUCUCUCUCUCUCUCUCUCUCUCUCUCUCU